GCCCCUUCCCACAUUCCAGUUUGCAGGACGCAAGUCAGGCCGUUGCGCCCCGUCAAGAUGGAUGACAGCAUUUCAGAUGUUCCAAUCGCGCUGCGACGCACUCGUCGCCAAAGACAAGCGCAUGGCGGUCGCGAGACUUGCGACAACUCAGUUAACCCACCGGCCCCUGAGUCUAUGGUUCCGUGCACACCAAAAAGAUCCAAAGGAAAGAAGCGCGUCAGAUUCUCAGAUCCGGGGCCGACCCUGGCCUCAGCCGAGGAAGAUGAGCUUUCAGCAACUGGUCUUACGCCCAUGGUCCGGCGGACUUGUCUCACUCCAUCUGGUAGAUCAUCGCGGCGUCACUCAACUCCCGCGCGCCUGUGCGGUGCAUCAAGCGACGGCAGCAUCUCUGGUCUGAAUGACGCGAACUCCCCUUUCAGCGGUGAAGUCCGGUUCCUACCCCUCCGCCAGGUUUUAGAUGGCCGUGUCAAGCGCCGCAUCCGCCGCAACGGCUUAAGUGAGGAGAUGAACACCAUUUACGCCGAACGGAAACGCAAGUCCCAGGAGACCCAGGCCGAGAUCCACAGGCUUAAGGCAGAGCUGGCCGAGAAAGAUGACGAGAUCGAAAGAUUGCACAACGAGACAGUGGUCCUGGACACGGAGCGUGUAUGGAAUCUGGAGCGGCAAGUCGAGGCAUUGAAAAGGGAACUAGCAAAUCGCUCCGGUAUCCAACAAGCUCCAAAAAGUCCAAGCAGUCCCCGCUAUGAGUGGACAAUAGCCGCCCGUGACCCAUUUGCGGACGACUUCAUGGAGCUAGAUGCCGAUAACGACACAGACGAUGAAGCGUUUGGGGAAUCCACGAUGGCAGACCUCGUGAGCAGUACGCCCACUCGCAACAUGUGCAGCUCCUUUCCAACACCCCCGGCCACAAGCCCUGCCCCGGAAGAGGCACAAUAUCCUCGCGCCCGGCUGGCCACACCCCCUUCACACACCGGCAUCCAAGUCUGUCUGCCGGAUCCCGAGAAACAGCAACUGCAAGAGGAGCUUGCGUCGCUCGAGCUCGAGGUCUGCAAGCUCACCACUACACUGGAGUCUUACGCGGCCUUGAAAUCUCGAAUAGCAGACAAACUUGCCCCUUUCGCGGCUGAUGCCCCUUCCAACGACGAAUCGGAGGCAUCACAGCCAGAUAUUGAAGUCCAUCUCACUUCGGUACUCCAAACAUUGUCCGACCGCACCGCCGCUCUCGAAGACCUGAACACCUCGCUCAGCAGCCUCGGCUUCCCCGGAUCGGAUGCUUCUGAAAUCAUCAACUCUCUCCGCGCCGCCCUUCGCACCGCACGGCUCGAACUCGAAUAUCUCACUCCGGGGGAACUCACUCUGCCCCUCACAUCCGCUGGGGCCGAGGUCCUCGACCUGCUCCUCACCCGCCUGCGCGACCUGGUCAAGAGGAACCGCGAAGCCGACGAGUGCAUAGACGAAUAUCACGCGCUCGAGCUCUCCCUGCGGCAGCAGCUCAGCGCGCGCGUGGACGCCAUGGACAGUCUGCGCACCAAGCUCGCCUCGGCCGAGACGACCGCCCGCGAAAAGGACGCGCGCAUCUCCGAGCUGCAAGUCGGCCUUGACCGCCUGAAGGGCGCCGUGCGCGGCUACACGCGCGACAUUUCCGAGCUCGAAGCCCUGGUCGAGCGCAUGGAGUCCGAGCUGGCGGACAAGGAAACGCUCCAGACCGCGCAUGAUCAGACCGUCGCCGCGCUCGAGUCCAAACUCGCCUCGGCCCUCGAGCAGACCACGCAGUUACAAUCUCAGCUCAGCACGCUGCAAGCCCACAAAUCCGAGGAGCUCGCAGCGCUGAACAAGGCGCACGGCCGCGCCCUCGCGCUGCGCGACGCCCGCGUUGCCGAGCUGCGUGGGGAGGUAGACCGCGUCAACGCGUCGCUCCGGGCCGCGCACGACACGCUCGCGCGACUGCGAGCCGAGAAUGGCCGGCUGAUGAAGCUCAACGGCGAGCUGGCACACGAAAAUGUUGAGAUUGCCCGCGCCGUCGAGGCCGAGAAGCGCCAGGCCAGGCAGGUUGUGGAUGCCAUGCGCGCCGAGCUGGAGAGGGUCAUUGCGAAGAUGGGAGAGGGGUUCUUGUCCGCUGCUACUGCGGCUGCCUCUGAUGCUGGUGCUGGUGCUGGCACUGGUGUCGUGGGUCGGAGUGGGAGUGAGACUCUGAAGAUUGUUGCGCCAGGGUCGGUGCAGGAGGCUACUACGGCCAGCGCCGUGACUGGCACAACGGCAGCAUCGGGAGGCGGGACUGGUGUCAAGCGCACGGCUGAUGGGUUGGUGAGCGGUGCUGACGCGGGUCUAGGAGCUGUGAAGAAGAGAAGGAAGUAUGACAGUGGAUUGGGCUUUUUGGACGAGGAAGAGGUCGACACGGAGGGAGGAAGUACAAGUUAGGUUGUUGACCCCCAUUUCUUUGCAAUCAUGAAUCUGUUCCAGCUUGGCAUGGCAGGGUUGGAGAUGAGGGAGUCGCCCAGUCUUUAGUUUCUUUUGUUUGAUGAGUAUCCUUGUCGGAUAAGUACUGGUAGGACCAACGCUCAUUGUCGGUGUUUUCCUUGUAUGGAACUUUUAAUGCAACAUAUCACUUUGUGAGUAGAGAGAUAAACCUGCAAAUGGUAUAUUCCGAUCU